AUGUGUCUAGACUUGUUGGCCGUUCUAAAACGGAGGAAAAAACCAUCGUAUAAUCAUGAAAGAAAACUAGGUUACAGAGAUGACCAGGAAGUUUCCACAAAAUUUAUCUUUGCAGAGCAUUGCCUGCAAGGUAACGCUGUAUACCUGAAGGUCGGAGUUGAUACUGAAAUACCCGCAAGAAACCUUCCACUGAAACUCCCCAACGGCCUAUCAUUGACGUAUGGUGAAAUACUCGGGCUGGCUGGCGAUCUUUACGGGACAGAUCAACCUAUUAGUGAUGGUGUUACCCAAAAUGAGCGACAUCAUAGGUUUCUGAAAGCGUUCGAUACACUGGCAAAUGAUACCAAAUAUGCUCCGGAAGAGGCCGCUAAACUUCUUGAUAUACUUCAUAAUGAAAUGGAGGAAAUCAAGAAGGCCAUACGGGCUGGAAAACCGGCAUCGGAAGUCCAUAAUCGACUGAAAGUCAAUCUAGGGAAAAGCCUUGGAUUCGCAACUCUAUUCCGACCCAGUGGGAUACCAUCCUUCUUAGGUCUUGCUCUGAUCAACUUUGACCAUUUUGGUACAGAUUCAGAGACAGCGUAUAAUACUGGUCACAAUGCUGCUAUCCAAUAUGCUUUGCGUACGGACAGUGACCUGGCUGUGGCAUAUGCUAUGAAUGCCUUUGCAGACCAUUUCCUACACGACCAUUUUUCUUCCGGUCAUCUACGUGUUCCCCGUCGUCAGCUUCAUGGCAGUACUUUGAACUCUGCAGAUGCUUGUUCUAAGCUUAUGCACGACGAAGAUAGCUGCAUCGGCUUGAAAGUCAGCAAUCAGAAUGGGGAUUCAUGGACAGCAUAUGGUGACUCACGAUUGUUUGAUGACGUGAGUAAGCGGCACCGAGAAAUAUUCAUAAAAGCCCAACAAGCAUCAGUAGAUGAGGUAUUCCAGGCUUGGAGAGAUAAAGUCGUACCACCAACGUUCCAGGCAUGGAAAUAUGCGCCUACCAUCGAAUCCGCCUUGUCACCUCAUCAGCCUCUUGCUCCGUUGUUCGUUAUGUCUACAGGGGAAGACAAGAAACCAGUGCUGUUGAGAAGACGAAAUGUCAGUGACAGGAAAACUAAAGACUAUAUAUCAGAUUGGACGUAUACGGGAACUAUCAUAAAGUGCAGAUGGAGUGGACGGUGGAACUACCCAAUGACUCUCGAAGAAUAG